AUGCUCGGAUACUCUGGCUCUCUGGGUCCGAUAUUACACAACUGUUCGACGGAAAGAGAGAGCGCGGCCAGCGGAGAGACGGCGAAAGGGCCCAAUCGCCCGGAUCGAAUCGGUUCGAUCGAAUCGGAGCACUCUCUAGAAAAAGAAGAAAUGAGGUUGUCGGACUGCGCUUCCAUCGGUGAGUCAUUCUUUCCCGAACCAGUCGGAACCCUUCGAAAUGCGGGACAUUCAUUUCGAGUGUUUUUCUCUUUGUUUUCCCACUCAUCAUGCCUUUCUUUCCAGUUAUUCUAUCCAUUUUACCAUUGAUUUCUCUGGCCGAAACCACUGUAAUCGGAAAUUUGGCAGUCGUUGCGAAUCCGGAAUUACACGUUGCCACUCUGAAUAAAACACUCUAUGCCAACAUUCCGAAUUUGUGGUAAGCUCCCCUAUUCAUGAAAACUUCUGAAAUGAUUUAGGUGCGGAACACAAAAGCUCGGCGAGCAUGUCGACGUGGAGUAUGGAGAAUUCACACGGCUGUCAGAUGGAAAAGUGGGCGGUUUCGAAGAGUAUCAUUUUCCUUUCUCAGUUACUUCUAGGUAUUUCCUGGGACAGUGCAACAAGGAAAGGUGUAUCUGGAGAUCGGAACGGCGUCGGUGAGGGUUGCUGGGAAGUAUCGCUGCGAAGUCAGAACACUUGACAAGGAAAUUCAUAGUGGCAACUUGAUCAUCUACUGUGAGUUCCGUGUGGCGAGAGAAACCUUGAAUGACAUCUUUCAGUGCCACCAGUUCUUGACUUUCCGAACCCAGUUCGAGUAUCUGAAGUCGCAAAUGCUAGACCACCACAAGUUAUUGGUUCGAGAUCAUCUGAAAUCGUAAUCAUAUCAAAUUUGAUUCAGGUGUCGAGAGAAGAGGACUCCAUGGUGAGCGAAUGGUUCUAGAAUGCCCGGUACUAGCGAAUCCAGAACCGAUGGUGCGAUGGGAAAAAGACGGAGAACCUCUUGGCAAGAGCAAAAUCAUUGCAAGCAACAGCUUUCAACAUUUACAGGCGAGCUUGGAGACAUCGAGUACGACGGAAACGACCUGAUACUCAAUCCACUGUCGGAAGGUCACACAGGAAAAUACCGUUGUAUAGGAGACAACUCUUUUCCUUUGUUUGUAGGUGGACCAUUAAUCCCCCACCAGAUUUUCUUUGAUCAAGACAUAAAAGUCCUGUAG